AUGAAGGCACUCAAGCUUAAGGCCAGCGAAGAGGUGAAAGGCGUGGAGUUUGAUCUACGAGAAUGCCCUACGAGCACAGAGCAUGAAAACGCACCAGCCAACGGUGUAGCCGAAGCGGCUGUUAAGGAAGUGAAAAGAAUGGUUCGAGCUAUCCUGUCGGAGCUGGAGACAAAGCUCAAGAUCGAGGUUGGCGUGGAUCACCCGAUCCUCGCCUGGAUCGCGAGACACGCAGCGUUUCUCAUGACACGCUUUCGCAUAGGCGAAGACGGGAAGUCAGCUUACGAGCGAGCGCUGGGUCGACCGUGGAGAAGGCCGACCAUUGUCUUCAGUGAACAGGUUAUGUUCAAGCCAGUUGGAGCAAGGCACAAGCGUGGAAGCUUGGAGGCCAGAGUCUCUAUGGGUCGGUACAUUGGAACUGCGUCCCGCAACGCAGACCUGAUGAUCAUGACAGCCGACGGCAUAACACGGGGCCACUCCCUGCACAGGAGGCCCGAAGCCGACAAGUGGCCGACUGAAGGAUUCGCUGAGUUGCGCGGGUUGCCCUGGAGGAUGACCGGUCCACAGGAGCGUGCGCAGCCAAACAGGGUUGGCAUGCCAGCACUCGAGGGCGAACAACCCGUACCGCAACAGCGAGACUUCAAGGCACGCAACUUGUAUGUCAUGAAAUCCGACAUAGAGCUGUACGGCUACACACCUCAGUGUCCGGGGUGCGAUGCGCAGCUGAUGGGUCUCCCGCAGCGAGCGCACAACGACGAAUGCCGUAUGAGAGUGCAGAGAAAGCUGCAAGAAACCGAGGAAGGAAAAGAGAGAGUGACGAGGGCCCAAGAAAGGGUCGAAAAGGACUACGGGAGAAAGGUCAGGAGAGACCAACCUGCGUUGGAAGGAAGACCUGCACCCGACGCCAUGGAAGUUGCAGCAGAAGAAGCUGCAGGCGCACCGCUGUCGAGGCCAAUGGAGGUCGAGGAACCCCAGGGCGCCAGGACACAGCGGAAGAGAGCACCUUCCAAAGACGUCGAGGACCUCUAUCGGGAAGAGCCGAGACAAGGCCUGACCGAUGGUCCAGAUGUGGAGGUCGUUGGGGCCAACUUGCACGGAGGUGCAAGUGGCUCAGCAGGACCGGGUCUAGACCACUCUCACGGUCAAGCAAAGGCCGAUGCAGAAAUGCACGACGCAGCGGCGAAUCCGCCGCCCGCUGGCCAGGAAGCUCAAAUUGGGCUGAUCACAAGGAUGUUUGAGCAGAAGGGCAUGAGGUGUAGCCCCGCCGAGGCGAAGGCUAUCAACUCUAUGGUUCGUCAGCUUGGAAGGGAUGGCAAUGCAUCUGUGCCCUGGAGCACAGUGAAUGAAGGCAUCAUCCUUCCGAUGGAUCGCGAGGCACCCAUGUUCAAGCAAGCUGAACAUCUGCGUUUCUUCGAAAAGUUGGAACGCGUGAAGCCUAAACUCCUGAUGGGGAGACUGCCGACUGGACCGUUCCAGUCCGUGCAGCGCGCCUUCGACACCACUAACAAAGUGGGAGCUGAAACCAGGCGUGAGAACCUCAAGAAGUCCCGUUCACAACUUGGACUUUGCUUUGAGGCCUUCCAGGCACAGGUGGAAACAGGAAACGACUUCCUUUACGAGUGCCCAAGAGGUGCGAAGUCUUGGGAGCAUGAACUUGCUCAGAGACUAGACGCAUAUCUGGUGGAAGGACCAAUGUGCAAAUGGAAAGUGGACGAGAGCGGCAAGCUCAUUGCAGGGCAAUCGGGCAAGAAGCGCACCCGCUGGAUUACUAAUUCGGCGACGGUUGCGACAGCUCUGGAGAAGCUCUGCAAGGACUCCACAAAGGUGUGGAACAGAGAGCUUUCCCUCAAGGAGGGGAUCGUACAGGCAAAGGCCGAGUACCCUCCGAAGCUUGAAAGGGCACUGCUCGCACGAGUCAGGGCCCAGCUGGUCCUAGAUGGAGAAAUGAGGGAGGUCGGACACGUUGGAGGGCCAGACCUCCACGAGGAACCACCUCUCGAGGAGUAUCUCCAUGAUUCGCUUCCGAAGGCAGGACAGCUCUACGUGAAGGAGCCUGUCAUUGAUGCGAAUACAGGGGCCGAGUUAAACCCAGCAAAAGUUGCAGAGGCCCGAGCCUCCGAACUAGCUUGGGUGAAAAAGCAAGGAGUGUAUGAAAAGGUCGAUGAAAGUGUCUGUUGGGCUGAGACUGGACGUCCGCCCAUCACCCUGAAAUGGGUAGACCGAAACAAAGGGGACGAUGUGAAAGAGAACUUCAGAUCCAGAUUGGUGGUGCGAGAAGUCAAGAGCCAAGGGCAAGCAGCACUGAUCCUGGACUACGCGCUGUUCUCUUCCAUGCCACCUUUGGAAGGACUGAAGAUCCUAUGCUCGUUGCUCACGAGCAUGAAGCGGUCAAGCUCAGGGAAACAACUGACGCUGAAAUUGACUGAUAUUUCACAUGCGCAUUUUUACGGCAAAGCAGAACGCCGAGUGUUCGUCACAUUGCCGGAAGGAGACGAAGAGCCCGGCAAGUGCGGUCGUACAUUAAUUACACUUCUGAAGAAGCACGGUUUCCAGACCGGAAAAGCUUAUCCGUGCACCUUCUAUCACGCCGGAAUGGACGUGAGACUUUUGGUGCAUGGGGAUGACUUUCUUGUCCUAGCGGACGAGGAUGGUCACCGCUUUGUGGACAAAAUCCUGUCUGAAGAGUACGAGUUCAAGUGUGAUGGUCACAUAGGGCCUGGAUGCGAGAAGGACAGCAUGACUGUUCUGAACCGGGUGGUGACCCAUGACCGUACGACGGGAACUGUCACCUAUGAGGCGGACCCAAGGCACGCAGAGGCUUUGAUCCGUGACUUGGGAAUGGAAACUGCAAAAGCAGCAAAGACACCAGCAGAGAAGAAGAAAGGCAGCGACCUGAAAGCAAUGCUGGAGUCACAGCCGUUGAACGCCGAACUUGCAAAGCAAUAUCGUUCACAUACGAUGCGGGCAGCGUUCCUAGCACAGGACCUCCCGGACAUUGCUGAGGCAACUAAGAGUUUGGCGCGGCACAUGAAGGAACCGACAGAGUUCGCAUGGGCCGACUUGAAGAGGUUAGUCCGCUACCUGCGCGGCAACCCACGGCUGAUCUACGAGUACCAUCCGCAGCGACUGAGCAAAGAGAUCGUCAUGUACUGCGACUCAGACCACGCGGGAUGUCUCAUCACGCGAAGGUCCACCACAGGACUCGUGACAAUGCUUGGAUCUCACUGUGUCAAGCACUCUUCCAAUGUGCAAAGUACCAUAUCCCUGUCAAGUGGGGAGAGUGAGUUCUACGCAAUCGUCAGAGCAGGGUCCAUUGGACUAUCGCUGCAGGCGAUGCUGGAUGACUGGGGUGUAAAGGUUGGACUCAGGAUCCGAUCAGAUUCCUCAGCGGCCCCAGGUACUACUCAACGCCAGGGCCUGGGUCAAGCACGCCACGUGCAAACGCGGUACUUGUGGGUACAAGAGAAAGUGGCAACGCGAGCCUUGGAGCUAGAGCGCGUUGGCACAGAAAAGAACUACAGUGACAUCUGUACAAAGCCAAUGCCAGAAGUGGCAAUUCUGAAACACCUCAAGAGCAUGGGACUGCGUUUUCAUGCUGGUCGAGCCGGAGCAGCGAAGCGGCUCGUGUAA